ACUGAACCGAGGUGGGCCACACCAGUUCAAUUUAGAGGUUUUUGGAGCAGAUUUUACAUUUGUUCCAUUUGGUGUGGUCCAUCAGAGUUUUCUAUAGCGUUGAUCUUUUGUAUGUACGUUCAAAUAGGGUUCUUGAUGGAGGGAAUGGGUUUACAAAUACAACAUGGUAAGCCUCAGAGAAGUUGGGUGUUCUACACCAUCCGUAAAACAGGUGUUGCAGACGAUUCUCGUCCGUAGAAAAGUGAGUAUUGGAGGUCAACAACACCCGCAUUUUUCACUCUCUAACGAGAGAGAGAGAGAGAGAGAGGCAUUUUUCACUCGCUAAGCACACAAAGAAAAGAGUAAAAGAUAGAGAGAGAGAGAGAGAGAGAGAGAGAGAGAGAGGCAUUUUUCACUUGCUAAAGAGAGAGGGAGGAUGGAGAGUGGCAAAGCAAAGGCCAUCAAAGCUUAUUCAAUGGAGAAAGAGGGUUGUGAGAUUGAAGCCAGAGGCAUCAGCUACAAAAUCUACACCCCAAAGAAAACCCAUCCAUUUAAGAUAUGGAGCAGAGAAGAAGAACCAGAGGAAGAUCAGCAGCAGCGCCGGCUGCAGCAAUCCAUAGAGGAAGAUACAGAAAUGCAGGUCAGAGAAACACUAACAACAACAACAACCACAACGGCGACUCGUCAUGUACUCAAGAACGUCAGCUGUCGAGCGAAACCAUGGGAAAUUCUCGCCAUCGUAGGCCCCAGCGGUGCAGGCAAGUCAACCCUCCUGGAGAUCCUAGCCGGAAAGCUCCUGCCGCAAGCAUCAACCAUCUUCGUCAACAAGAAACCCAUCGACAAAGCCCAGUUCAAGAAGAUCUCUGGCUACGUCACACAGAAGGACAUGCUCUUCCCACUCCUGACUGUAGAAGAAACUCUCAUGUUCAGCGCCAAGCUCAGACUCAGGCUCCCACCCUCUCAAUUAGCCUCCAGAGUCGAGUCCUUGAUCCAGGAGCUUGGUCUGAGCCACGUAGCUGGGGAUCGAGUGGGAGACGACAAGCUCCGUGGGAUAUCAGGCGGCGAGAGACGCCGCGUCUCCAUUGGCGUCGACGUUAUCCAUGACCCACGAGUCUUGAUCCUCGACGAACCCACAUCUGGUCUUGAUAGCACAUCAGCGCUUCAGAUCAUCGACAUGCUCAAAACCAUGGCGGAGGUCCGUGGCCGCACCAUAAUCCUCAGCAUCCAUCAACCUGGCUUCCGCAUCGUAAAGCUCUUCAACUCGAUCCUCUUACUCGCCAAUGGAUCUGUCUUACACCAUGGGACCACUGAUCAACUCCAAUCACAUAUGAGAUUAAUAGGUCUACAUCUCCCUCUUCAUGUCAAUGUGAUUGAAUUUGCAAUCGAUGCGAUCGAAACCCUUCAACGGCAGCAGCAACAGCAACUACUACAACAACAAAACAAAGGCGACGAUGGCAGGACCGGUAAAUGCACGCUGCAACAGCUCUUUCAGCUUUCUAAGGUGUUGGAUGAGGAAAUAGCCGGCUGUAACGAUCUCCAUUGCAGCUUCGCGAAUUCUAGAAUACGCGAAACGGUUAUUCUCACGCAUCGAUUCUCAAAGAUCGUUUAUCGAACGAAAGAGCUGUUUGCAUUGAGGACCCUUCAAAUGCUGGUGGCCGGGCUCGUAUUGGGUUCGAUCUUUUUCCAUCUGGACUUCGAUGAAGUCGGCAUUGAAGAGAGAGUAGGCCUAUUCGCAUUCAUUCUGACAUUCUUGUUAUCUUGCACUACGGAGGCACUCCCAAUCUUCUUGCAAGAGAGGGAGAUUCUAAUGAAGGAGACCUCAUGUGGAAGUUACAGGAUCUCUUCUUAUGUGAUCGCCAACAGUCUCGUCUUUCUACCAUUUCUACUCAUUCUGGCUGUGUUAUUCUCCUCUCCUUUGUACUGGCUCGUGGGUCUGAAUCGGAGCUUCGCAUCGUUCAUGUACUUCUUGCUUGUGAUUUGGAUGAUUCUCUAUACGGCGAACUCGGUCGUGGUCUGUUUCAGUGCGUUGGUGCCGAAUUUCAUUGUGGGGAAUUCGUUGAUAUCGGGGGUGAUGGGAUCGUUCUUUCUGUUUUCGGGGUACUUUAUAUCGAAGGAGGGGAUGCCGAAUUACUGGAUUUUCAUGCAUUACCUGUCUCUGUUCAAGUACCCAUUUGAAGGGUUCUUAGUGAAUGAGUUCUGUGGGUCAGGGAAGUGCUUGGAGUACUUGGGGGAGGUGUGUGUGAUGAGUGGUGAGGAUGUUCUGAGAGAAGAAGGGUUGGGAGAGGAGAGCAGGUGGAAGAAUGUUCUGAUCAUGGCUUGUUUCAUCUUGGCCUAUAGAUUUUUCUCUUACGUUAUCCUUCGGUGCAGAUGCUCCCAGAGGUGUCUCAGGAGUGCCCUGGUUUGAUGGACAUUGAAGAUGAGUGCUCUCUCUCUCUCUCUCUCUCUCUCUCUCUCUCCCUUUUCCCAGCAAGUGUUUCUUAAUGGGGCCCACAUGGAGCCACGGGAGUAUGAUCGGGGCUAUCUAUCUUCUGGGUACUGACGUGGAUGGGUCAUGACCCAAAAUUUAAGAUGAAUGGAUGAUCCUGGCAAUUGAUUAGUGAUUUUCAAAUAGACGGUUGAAAGUAAUGAAGUGGACGAUUCAUGCUCAAUAAGAAUAGUUGAUGGCCAGGAUCAUAUGUAAUCAUGGCUUAUCCUAGCCAUUUCCUAGAAAAACAGGCGGUCCUGAUAUCCGUGUAUGUGGUCCUAUCUAGCAAAACAUGUUGGAAUCCUGAUCUUCAAAAUGUAAUAAGUUUCAGAUCUAUAAACAUGUAAAACCGUUUCCAAGUGUAUCAAGUCGAGAAAGAUUGAUAUAAAAUGCAAUUUCUAAUA